AUGCUGGGAAUCGAUAUUCAACCAGAAUGGCAAAAAGUCAGAGUAAGCCUCAUGAGACGAUUUGGAUGUGUUCCGAUUGGAGGUAGAGAAUGCAUGGGAUGCAUCAAUCCAGAGAACUCAAAGGAAGCGGUCUACUUGAGCCAUGCCAUGAUGGACACCUGGGCUCAAGACGCAGUGGAACACAAGAAUGGUGCUACUGAGAUGAUGCCACCCACUCGCCGAAUCGAAUUCCGAUUUAUUCCCAUCCAAUCUAAACCAGGUCGGCAAUUAGAAAGUACUGCCAGUACCACCCAGUCGACCUCACAGAUUCCCAUCAAUCAACCCGAUUCGCCACCACCUUAUCCUCUUCCGCCCUUUGAAGACUAUCUCAAAUUUGCCAAUAUUUCACCAAAGGAUCAAUCAACCCGAGACAUUCUUGUCAAAUGUGACAUCAUCGACUUCGAAUCUUUCCUGUCUAACUCAAUGGAUGUUCCCACCCUCGAGAGGUUGGGAUUUGCUUAUGGCACUGCAGUCCGUUUACACGACAGAGCACCAUUAUAUCGAACUGACCUCAAAAACCGCAAGAAUGAUAUUUGA